UCGCCACCACCACAACAACAGAAUUAUCAAGUUUUGUAAACGUCCUAUUUGGAAGGUGAUGUGCCAUCAAAGGAGACGUCAGUGACGGGUCGCAAUCGACUUUUGCCCCACCCCUGCUCAACGAAUCUAAUCGGUCGUGAUGAUCAAGUAGGAUUUCUUUCAAGUACUUGAACCCUUUCAACUCGAUCCUACGUGUUUUUUUUUGUGUCUGCCCAGUGUGUGCAUCAGCGUUCGCAGCCGUUAGCCGACGACAAUGAAUUGAGACUCGAAGGGGGAAAACAAGUCUGUUGUUGGCUGAACGAGGAUCACGUGGCCAUUGUCUUUAUCCGCUGGACUGCAAGCAUCGAUCACGCCACUCUUCUCUCCACUGCGUUCAACAGAAUCACGAAAAAUAAAAGACGACACACACCAAGAAAGAAGAAUGGCUGGCCAACGACGACAGUUCGUGUUGCCAUUGCUGGUGUGGCACGUCGUGUUGAUGGCCGUUUGCUGGCCGCAACCAGCGGCAGGUGGAUCAGCGCACGUCAAGAGCAGCGACGGAGGCAAAUGGACGCACGCUCACCGGCACCACCAUCGCGUCAACGACCCCUACAACAACAACAACAACAACAACAGCAAUCAAGAUUACGUGCAAGACAUGGCGUCUGAAGAUAAUCUGAUCGACUACGAGACGGACGAGAACGCGGAGACGAGCAACAACGACGUCAACGUGUCGGACGCUUCGCCGUUGAUGGGCGUCUUGCCGUCGCCGGGCUCCUACAUCCCGUCCAACUGCUCGUCGUGCGUCCGCCGCGAGGAGCUGCGCCGCCGCAACCUGGAAGUCAUCAAGGACCAGAUCCUCAGCAAGUUGGGCAUGCAGCGGGCGCCGAACAUGACGGGCCGUCUGCCGCCGCGCAUCCCGCCGCUCGACCACCUCCUCGACCUCUACGGGAUGCAAGGGGACGCUCCGCCCGGACGACACUCUGCUGGCCAUCAUCACGCGCAUCAUCAGCACCAGCAGAGCGAUCAAGCCUUUCAAACGGGACCCGUGUACGACGAAGAAGACGAUGAUUUUCACGCCAGGACUGAAAAGGUCAUCGCCUUCUCGCAACUCUUGCCGCACGUGAGGCAGGCGCUGAAACGGACCGAAUCGACCACCACCAAAGGCAUGGAAUCGAUUUACUUUAAAUUCUCGGACAAGGUGACGCGCAGCAGCAAGGUCGACAAAGCCAAUCUCUGGCUCUACAUUCAAAAUCAGCAGCCACCGGCGUCGUCGUCGGCCAGUCACGGCCAUCAGCGCCACCACCACCAUCAUCACCAACAGGCGCAAGUGAUCAGCAAAUCGGCCAACGCCAACGCCAGCACAGUUUGGAUUAACAUCUACAAAGUGGUGCGAGUGCCCGAAGGCGAAUCGCCCGUCUUGAGCCCGGUGCGGAUGACGCGAGUGGCUUUGCCUCCCAUCCUGGAACUGGUGGACAAGGUGCCGGCCGGCAAGCAGCACAGUCAGACGCAGAGCGGCGGUUGGGUGUCGUUCGAGGUGCGCAAAGUUGUGGCCGAAUGGUUCCGAUGGCCCGAAGAAAACCUCGGACUGGUCGUUCACGCCGUCAACGGCGACCAGCACGCGCCGCCGCCCACUUUCGGCGCCAGCGCAGCAGCGCCACCACCUGCCACCACCACCACGCCGGCCAGCAGCAGCGCAAGUAAAUCGGUUCCGUUUAUCGUCAACGAUCACGUCAGCGCCGACGGAGCAUUGGUGCCGUUCGUGGAAGUGGUGACGACCGACGGACGGAAGCACCGAACGAAGCGGACAAUCGGCCUCAACUGCGACGAGACGUCGUCGGAGACGCGCUGCUGCCGCUACCCGCUGACGGUCGACUUUGUCGAGUUCGGUUGGGACUGGAUCAUCGCGCCCAAAAAGUACGAGGCCAAUUACUGCUCCGGCGAGUGCCCCUACGUCUUCCUUCAGAAAUACCCGCACACGCACAUCGUCCAGCAGGCCAACCCGGCAGGAACGGCCGGCCCCUGCUGCGCCCCGCGCAAAAUGUCGCCCAUUUCCAUGCUCUACUUUGACAACGAGUUCAACAUCAUCCACGGAAACUUGCCCGGCAUGGUCGUCGACCGCUGCGGAUGCUCCUAAA